UUAACCAACCCUUUCCCCAAAUCAACUUCUAAGAAAUGCUGCUUAGACUCCCUUUGCUGGGAUCCUAAGAAAUUAUUAAAAGACCUAGCCACUGGAGCUAGCAGUAUGGAUCAAGUGAUAAGAGCACCUGUCUUGGAAGUGUGAGGCCCUGAGUUCAAACCCCAGUGCUGCCUUAAAAAAAAAAAAAAAAAAAAGCUCUAGCCACUGUAGGAGAUGAAGGUGUGAAUGAUGUGAGGAAGAUCUGCUGUCAGACCAUGUCUAUCCUAGCUGGCUGGCUCCAUAACAAGAUGAUAAAAUCACUAUUUUUAAAGCAUUUCCUAAUUGAAAGAUGACUCUCAAAAAAGUCCCAAGAAAGACAAUUGGUUUAUCUUACCAACCCUAAGUGCCCAUCAAAGUUAGAUGAACUCAAAGGACCAUUUCCCAAGCUCCCCACACAGGAGAAAGUGGUACAAAUGGUCUGGUAAUUGUCUUAGAAAUUACUAAUGGAGUUUCCAAAUGAGCUGAGUACUUUUACUAGGAUCCCAUAAGAAUCCGUAUUUAGGCUGGUCUGAGGAUGUAGCUUAGUAAGUAGAGCACUUGCCUAAUGUGCUUAAGACCCUGGGUUUGAGCCCCAAAAGAGUACCAGGUAUUUUGCUUCUUUAAGUCCUGGGCAAAAAGCAAGGAAGAAAUACUAGUUUUGGUGUGGGAGUCAUGUUAGAGUAUGUACUUAGCAAUGUGCAAGGCCCUGGGUUCAAUCUCUAUAACCAAAAAAGUAAUAUUAAUAUAGACUAGAGAUUGGCAAAUUUUAAAGGCCCAGAGAGUAGAUAUUUUAGAUAUUUAUUUAAGGUUAUGUAGUCUUUGUCAUCAAUACUCAUCUCUGCUAUUGUACUGCCAUAAACACAUGGAUGUGGCUGUAUUCCAAUAAACUUAGCCUAUAGGGCCAGGUAUGGUGGUAGGUAUCUGUAAUCCCAGCACUUGGGAGGCUGAGCCAGGAGGAUCAUGAGUUCCAUACCAGCCUGGGCUACAUAGUGAGAGGCAAGAGACGUUUGCCAACCUGUGGUAUGGUGGAGCUUUUAUCCUGAGUAUGUACUUUUCCAGAAUCUGAUCCAACUGCAGAGAUGGCAGCUGAGUCAUUGCCUUUCUCCUUUGGGACAGUGUCUAGCUGGGAGCUGGAAGCCUGGUAUGAGGACCUGCAAGAGGUCCUAUCCUCAGAUGAAAACGGGGGUACUUAUAUCUCACUCCCGGGAAAUGAAGAGGAAGAAUCAAAAACCUUUACCACUCUUGACCCUGCAUCUCUAGCUUGGCUGACUGAGGAGCCAGGACCAGCAGAGGUCACAAGCACCUCCCACAGCCCUCAUUCUUCUCCAGACUCCAGUCAGAGCUCCCUGGCACAGGAGGAAGAGGAAGAAGACCAAAGAAGAACCAGGAAGCGGAAACAAAGUAUCCAGUGCCCAGCCCAGGUUGGGAAGCAACGCAUGAAGGAAAAAGAACAGGAGAAUGAAAAGAAAGUGGCACAGCUAGCUGAAGAAAAUGAACGGCUCAAGCAGGAAAUCGAGCGCCUGACCAAGGAAGUAGAGGCAACACGCCGAGCUUUGAUUGACCGAAUGGUUAAUCUGCACCAAGCAUGAACAACUGGAACCAUCACUCCCCAACUUGAGCUACUACCUACCUUUCCCAGAAGUAGCUACUGACCAUUAUCACACCCAUGUCAAUGAUGUGACCCUUAACCACGUGUUCAAAAGGGGGAAGACUUGGGAUAGACCAAAGGAAAGGAAGGGUCUUGGCUUGUAUAUGUAGGUUGUACAUUUAUUAAUUACUGUCCAUAUCCAGUAAAGUGACUUUCUAU